AUGGAUAUCUCCAAUCAGACCGUGCAGAGGAUUCAGAAGUUUGCAGAAAAGCGCCAAGAAGUAGAGCACGAGUCUGCAAAGGAACCUCUGAGUGGGACUGCAUUACAGGCCUACUCGCGACGGUUAGAUGCAACCUUGCAAGAACUUCAGAACCAAGUCAAACGUCAGCAGAAUGAAUUAAAUAAGCUACGAGAGCUCAACUCAACCGAUCUUUCAGAAGCGGGAACUGAUCCCCGGGCUCGCAUUUCUCAAACCCGACGGGCCAAGAACGCAUACGACUCACUUCUGAAGACCGAGGAUGAGCUUCCCACAACAGAAUCAGUGCUACCAUCACUUCUAGCCAUUGAAGAAAUAAGCCGAAUUAUUCAAGACAACAAGGUAUCGGUCAAAUUGACCGCUGAACAGCUAUCUGUGAACCGAGAACGCCUCCGAGUCGAAGACGCCAAUCUGCGCGACUCUCAGUCCAUUGCACGCGGGCUCCGAGAGCGGAUCCAGAGAAUCCGCAGUACAAAUGCAAGAAAAGAAGAGCAGACACCUGCACAGAUAGCGCGCGAACAUGUAGCUCAGCAAAAGAAGCAAAACAAAGAGUUGGACCGAACGUCUGCAAGCCUGAAGAUCUCUUUGGAUAAAUUCAUAGAUGACACUCUUGCCCCCAUGCUUGCUGCUGAGGAUCUAGGUGGUCCAACUGUUGGCGAUGAAUCUGAGGUAUCGGAUGCUACGCUAAAGGCGGGUUAUACGGCCCACGGCAAACCUAAGAAGCAAAAGGAGCCGGUUGAGGCGGACAAUGGAUCGCAGCAACGGAUUGACCAGUUUAUGCAACGCAGCGCGGAUGGAGCGCCCGCAAACAAGAGGCAAGCCGCGGCGAAAGAGAUGCAUGCUCUCCUAAACGCUAUGCUGGAGGCCGAGUCUUCUUAUAUCGACCUUGAGCGGGACUCGGCAUCAUCAAGGUUUCUCGUGAGAGCCAAAGUCGCCCAGUUCCAUCCUCGGGAUGCAAGGCGACUUCGGCUGAUUGAUUUUGGUCGCUCGCUAGGCAAUUGA